AUGUUUGCCAUAUGUAGAUUCUUAUCUGCAGUUAUUGUUCCUAGAUCAAGAGAUCUCUCAUUUUAAAAGUGGUUUUCUAAAAAGAGAAAAUUUACGUAUUUUACGAGCGAAAAAGAAAAUCAGUUGAGAGAAACUAAAACUAUGAGUCUUAUAAUUAAGUAUAACGAAUCGUUCUACGAUGUUUUAUGGAAAUAUUUUAUGGAAUUAGCUGAAAUAACUUUUGUCAUUUUUAAACUCAUUGGUGUCGUUGGGUUUAUUGUAGUUAUUUCGUAUAUACUUUAUCACUUUCAUGAACGCCGUCAUACAAAAUUCGCUAGCGAAUCCAAAGAAUAUUUUGAAAAGUUGCAAGUCAUUAAAAAUUUUAAUCGUUCAUUUACUCGAUGCCAAAGCAUAAUCAGUCAUAAAGAAAUGUUUAAUGCCUUAGAAUAUGCAGCUGAUAAAUGUUCUAACAAAGCUUAUGCAUUAAAAUGCAUUGACAUAGUAGUUUGUUGUCCACAAUUAUUAAACAUAAGAUCUUCAGUGAAUGGUUUGACUCCUUUUCAUCGCAUUUGUUUCCAAGGGCAUACAUAUUUAAUAUCAUUUAUGUUAGCAAAAGGUGCUGAUCCCUUCCUUACUACCAUCACAGGAGAAAAUGCUUUAUGUAUGGCUGUUUAUCAUUUUCUUAAUGAUCCAACCAAGAAUGACUUUUCCUGCCUUGAAAUCCUUUUACAAACUGGGUGUGAAUUUGGUUUAAAAAAUAAAUGGUAUGAUAUUUUAUUAAAAAUGGCAUUUAACAGUAACCACAUAAAAUUAGCACAGUGGUUAAUUAGAUACCAUAAAACUUCAUCAAAUAAAACCUUGCGAUGUUCUUCUACACCACCAGUUACAAAACAUUAUAAAUUCAGUAUGUAAUUUCAUAUAAAACAAAUAUUGUAGCAUUGGUUUUCUUACACAUAAUUUAAAAUUUUAUACAAAUUAUUAAUUACUUAUCAUUAAAUUUAUAAUAUUUACGUAUAAGCUGCAUUAAAAUAACAAUUGUAAAUAAUAAGAGAAAUAAAUGUAGUUAUGAAAUAGGUAUUAAAUAAAAUUAUACUAAUGUAUAUUGUUGACUGAUAUCUUUUAAAGGAAGUCAUUUUGAAUUCUUGACACUGUAUUAUUUUGAAAUAGAGAAACGGGAUGAAAUAACAUUUUAUAUCAACUUCUAUUAAAAAUUAAAUAAUGUGAUACUCUUCAAUAUUCACAUUCAAUGGUUUAGAACACGUCAACAGAUGAUAAACAUCAAAUGCGGGGAAACUUACUUGUACUGACAGAGAAGUACCCAUUCUCUGACAACUCAUUACGUCAUGUAACACCUAAUUAUCAUGUAAAAAUAUUAAUGUACUAAGUUCAACGUAACAUAUGUCAUUACUAGGCGAAAAUAAAUUAAAGGUUAAACAAA